AUGGGACUAAUUUCGAGAAUAUUUAGGCUUGGGAAAGGUGCUUCCAAGUCUUUACCCGACCAGUGCGAAUAUGCUAAAUGGAAUAAGGACCAGUUAAUCAAUAAGAUCAUCGAAUUAGAGGGAAUGAAUAAACGUAAGGCAGAAGAUGGUGAUGAGCGUGAGGGCCAAGUCUCUAAGAAACAGAAGCAUAGUAAGAACGAAGUCAAGAAGCGAAAGAAGAAAGACAGGACUUUUGAUUUCUCGAAAUACAACACCCGGUUUGUUGCUCUGAGAUUCGCGUACCUAGGAUGGAAUUACAAUGGACUCGCAAUCCAAAAAGAGCCAACACCACUCCCUACAGUCGAAGGCACUAUCCUAGAGGCAAUGAAUGCGUGCAAAUUGGUGCCCUCGAUGACACCUCAGGAGUACAACUUCAGUAGGUGCGGCAGGACUGACAAAGGCGUCAGUGCGAUGAAUCAAGUGAUAUCUCUGCGGGUCAGAUCUAAUUUGACUGACCAAGAGCAGCAAGACAAGAGCAAUGAUGAUAAGGAAAUUAAUUAUGUUCACAUACUUAAUCAGAUUUUGCCUGACGACAUCAGGGUAUCUGCCGUUUGUCUCCGUCCUCCAAAAAAUUUUGAUGCCCGAUUCAGCUGCGAGUAUCGCCAUUAUAGAUAUCUCUUCCACAGUAGUGGUCUAAACAUUGAAAGAAUGCAAGAAGCAGCACAGCUUUAUUUGGGCGAACAUGACUUCCGGAACUUUUGUAAGCUCGAUGGGUCGAAACAGAUCACAAAUUACAAAAGAACAAUAAAGCAGUCGUGUAUUAUAAAGCUUAACGAAGAAGUUUUCUGUCUAGAUCUCAUUGGGUCGGCAUUCUUGUGGCACCAGGUUCGCUGCAUGAUGGCAAAUUUAUUUCUUGUUGGCCAAGAACUGGAAAAGCCCUCAGUGAUUAGUGAGAUGCUGAACGUGGAGAAAGUUAGGCAAAAACCAAUUUACGACAUGGCUAGCGAUGUACCUUUGAUUCUUUACGACUGCAGUUUCCCUGAUAUGGAAUGGUCACAUGUGAUGCCAAAUGAGUUCAAAUCUUUGCAAUCAAACCGGAGAAUAUACUCACUUGCUCUAGAUUAUAAGCUAAAAUCAACAAUUUCUGAUAUUUUUGCAAAUGUCCUCUCGGUCUCUCAUAAUGAUUUGUGCGGUAAAGUCAGAAUCAACCUUGGUGAUGGUAAAGGAAAGGUUGUGACGGUCUACGAGGAGAUGCUCAAGCGAAAUGUAAUGGAUUCUGUGGAUACUGUUAAUCAAAAAUUUCAAAGGAGGAAGACCCAAAAAAAGAAAAACAAUGCGAAUACCAACGACACGCACUUACAAGGACAUCCUGAAGAAAUCUGA